UUUGCCCUUUUCUUAAUAUUGUAGGGUGCCAAACGCAGCCCUGCUCGUCUUUUGUACUUUUCGUAGGGGUGUUCCCGCUUUGAACUUUAUUCUUGUGCAAAUUUUUGAAUGUGGCCGCGACGAUUCCCCCAAAAUUGAAAAAUAUUUCUACUAUCAUUGGAUCGGGGUGAAAAGCGCCGGAGAGCGAUGGCUAAUCCAUAAGAUUUUGAGAUUGAAUCGAUUCACGGAAGCGGUCAGUCUUUUGAAAUUUUGAUAACAGGAAGAAACUCUUCUAAUUUGAUAGAGGGAAGAGUGUGGUUGUUUGUUCAUCGGUGCUCUGAUAAGGACGGAUGAAUCAGGGCGAUCUUAACAAGGUUUGGGAAAUCAAAACCCUCAUCAGAAGGGACAGAGAAGAUGAAGCACGGAAGCUUCUUCAGAAAAUAGCUAGCCAGGUUGAACCCAUCAUGCGAAAACAUAAAUGGAGAGUUAAGCUUCUUUCCGAGUUUUGUCCGAACAAUCGGUCUCUUCUAGGGUUGAAUGUGGGAAGAGGCGUGCAGGUUAAGCUCAGAUUACGGAUGCCAAAUAGAGAAUCGGAAUUUUACCCCUACCAUCAGGUUCUUGAUACGAUGCUUCACGAGCUGUGCCAUAAUGCCCAUGGCCCUCACAACGCCAACUUCUACAAGCUAUGGGAUGAACUCCGAAAGGAAUGUGAGGAUCUUAUUUCCAAGGGAAUAACUGGCACAGGUGAGGGGUUUGAUCUUCGAGGGAAACGUUUGGGUGGUUCUUCUCGCCAACCCCCUUUGUCAUCUCUUCGCCAAACUGCAUUGACCGCUGCAGAAAAGCGACUGCGUCUUGGAUCUCUACUGCCAUCUGGACCCAAGCGCCUUGGUGGUGACAGCAAUAUUAUGGUUGCACUUAGUCCAAUACAGGCUGCUGCCAUGGCUGCCGAAAGAAGAAUGCAGGAUGAUUUGUGGUGUGGAUCUUCUGGAAUGUUAGGUGAAGAAGAAAGUAAUUCCAAUGAAUUCCAAAAGGUUGCUUGCUCGGGUCCAUCUGCCAAAAGAUCCAAAAAUUCGAAUUGUUCUCAACCACACGAUUCAGUUUUGAAACCUCGGAAGAAAAUUCGUUUGUCGGAUAAUGAGUCAUUUGUCCAUUCUUCUGAUCUGAGGCCAGAAUCUAGUUCUGUGGAUUUAACUGCGGAAGCCUCAAUCUCAGGAUCUAUGCUUAAUCAUGCUGAAACAGAUGAUACUGAGGAUAGAGUUAGUUGGGAGUGUGGAACAUGCACUCUGUUCAAUCCACCAUUAGCUCCAAUUUGUGAUGUUUGCGGUAGCCAAAAGCCUAAAGAUGUUGCAGUGAAGUUCAAGACCUGGUCUUGCAAAUUUUGCACUCUUGAAAACAAUAUCAAGGAAGAGAGAUGCUUUGCUUGUGAACAAUGGAGGUAUUCAAGUGGGCCGCCAGUGUCGUUCCCUGCAUCCAAUGUUGGCGUCUGGGAUUGAUAGCUGGAAAUGGUAUAUUUUCUGUGAGGGAGGAGGGGGGGCUAUAGGAAUUGUUUUAAACUGAUUUCUCCUUUGCUCUUGUCAAUGAAUAUCAUGACUCAUGAUUUGAGAUCUAGUCGUUGACGUUGAUGGAAAUAUGAAUACGGACCCUUGGAUUGGACAUGGAUGUUAGGGUGAAGAAAUAUUAUAUUAAUUUUUACUGCAUCCAAAUUUUACCUGCAAGAAUAUUUUCUCAAAA